AUCAUCCGGCCGUGCGAAGGCAAUUCAAAGAUUCGCGUCGAGUCAGCGUCUCUCAUUUCUAUCCCGCUUUAUCGCUACAAUCGCAAUUGUCCCUUCGAAGGUAGGCAAAUCACGCGCACGUACCUAGUCACUCUCGCAAAACGCGAUUAAUCAUGUUGUACAUGCGUCAUCCUAAUUAGCCGAACACGUUUCGCUCCGAGUCACUCCGUGCGGCUGCAUGCACUCGUCCACAAUUCAAAUCACGCUCGAGCCGCUUUGCGUUUGCGUCGGCUUGCGAGCAAAACGAGGAAACGAUCGCUGAACCAGGAAACAUGAAUUAUCACUCAAUAAUACGAUGUUCAAUGAAUUUCAAAAACGUUGGAAAAAUUGCGAAUAAUAAUUCAUGGGGCAAUUUCAUCGGCCUUUUGCCGCCGAAUGAACGCGCGUCCGAUACAAUUUGUGAGCUUAAUCUGCGAAACAAAGAUAUUUUAUCCCAAUUACCGCUCCUAUCCUCGUUACGCAUCUCGACGAAGCUAAUUUAUUUAUUCCCGACGCACAGUUUUCCGACGGAGUAAAGCUAUUCUAUUCCUACCCCGGCUAGUUGUCUAGUAAUAAAGCGAAAUAUUUAUUCGCGCCGCGGACCCGCCGUUUUGGCGAACCCAAAUAUAUCAACAACCACAAUCCCCAAGCAAUCGCGCGAUCGCUACGGACGUAUCGCCGCUUCUUGUCUUUCGUAUCGUGAAAAAAUAUAGUGUAGGUUAAAUACUCGGAGAUUUUUUUCCCCCUCUGACUAAUCGUAGGAAAUCGCUCAAUAAUCGCGUGGAUCGUAGCAUAGAAUAGGUAGAAUACCUCUCGCGACUCAUUUCACAUCCCUCAUUGUGCAUCCCUCGCACGUCGAAAGGAGCAGCGCGCGAUAUCGUUGUGACCUAUAUAUUUUCUAAUAUCGUGUAAGAAAAAAACAGAAAAGGAAGAGGAAUCUGAAGCUCCUUACCAUCAUCGUGUCAAUGCAACCCGUGUACAUAUAGAAAAAUUAGAAACAUUAGGCGAAUAGAUAGUCUAUUUGUAAAUCAUUUUAAAUAGAACGCCUUACGAGGCGAGGCAGUGGAGAAAGGCAAGAGGGGAGAAAGGGAUCGGGAUUUUCGCAGGUUUCCUCGAAAUUUUCACAAAUAUCGAGAGCGUACAGCGGCGACGAGAAGAUUCAAAAGGAGGAACGGAAGCGAGAAGGAACAAUUUUCGAUCGUCUUUUAUUUUCGUCCUGUUUUUCUGUCCCUGAUAAUAGCGCCGCGACUGGAACAGGCAUACAGCUGUCUCAAUAUUUUGCCUGCUGAUUUGGCAGCAUUUCAAGAAGCCUUUAGUUAGCGAAUUAACAACUCAUUACUACAUACCUAUAAUAUGAUUAUGAGUCUCGAAUGGUCCAAUUGCAACUAAUAAUCGUUAUCGAUAAUAUAUUAACAGUGGCACGUACAAUUAUAUUAACGUGGAUUUGUAUUGUAUACACGCGUCGUAUGAGCACCUGCGAUGUAAUUGCCGGAAAAGAUGUUAUAUCUUAACUUUUAAAUGUAUACGCCAGGAAAUCCCUGGAUCGCGUAAGAUUGUAAUUUAAAGAGUAUUUAUUAAAAUUCUUCUCCCUCGUAACUCCCCCGUCGCGACGUAUCGCGUUACGUCACUUGUACAGGCACUUUAAUUAGUUAAUUAACCAUACAUAAUUAAGUACAUAUAUAAUAAUUAACGAUUAGUCGUUUAAGCCCAUUUAAUCGGAGCGACUUCGCGGAGUAACUUUGUUUCUCCAGCCUAUUUUCGUUAGUGUUACUUGCUUCGAGAAAUAAUAUGUGCACGAUGACAUAUAAUAUCAACAACGCCAUGACGUAAAGAUGACACGAAAGUUCAUAGCUGUAACAAAUCGUGUAUUUAUAUUUAUAGAAAAGAAAAUUGAUUAAUUUAUUUUCGUAAUUAUUGUCAUCUUGUAUUGAAUUCGCGACGAAAUCAGUUUCACAUCCAAUGACAUAUAUACAACAAAUAAACUGCCAUUAAUUUUAAGUCUGAAAAUCCUAGUGCAAUUUUAGUGCAUAUUGAAAUAAUGCGGAAUGUUCAGUGAUAUAACAUUCCUUACACCGCAGCUUGAUAUACACAUUUUACAUGUUUUCAAGUCAUGGGAAAAUCAUGUCUGUUCGAACAGAUCAAUUUUCUCAUACCUAGUUUUUCAUACUUUCUUUUUUUUUUUUUUUUUUACUAAUACUAUCUAUUCUCUUACAUGCUUUUAUACGCUCUCUUGCGUGCUCUCAUUUUCAAAGUAUGUAGCUGUAACGCGUACGCGAUGAACAAAGACAACAAGAGUGAUGCUCUUGCUGUUCAGAGCGAAGAGGAUAAUGACUGAAACGAACAAUUUCAUUCCGUUUUAAAACCGUUGAGUUCAGCUUCUGUUUUCUAUGAAUAGAAUGCUCGACGUAUAUAUGUCGUUGGUUCCGUCGUAUCGAUCGUUUAAUUCUCGUCAUGGGCACGUUCGCAUUUCUCGAAUAGCGUAAUUUCGACGAACAUUAACAUUCACAGUUUGCCAGAGUUCAAACCACUAUAAUUCCGACGAAUUCGAUUUUCUCGGCAAUUGAAUGAGAUAACAGAAUAAUGUGUACGCGAAUUGUCGCGUUUUUAUUCUCGCUGAAUUGCCAACUACAACUGCGAUUACAUCAUUAAGCGUCAGUCGUUUGAAUCCAAUGAAAUUUAUUUAUACGACAUUUUUAUAUGUAUAUUUUAUAAAGAAAAUUACAAGAGGAGGAAAAAAAUAACGGACAUAAAUUCGCGAUUAAUUACUAAGAAAUUGAUUUCUAAGAAAUAUAUAUAAACCUUUUGAUUAUUUUGGACUCUCCAGUCAAUGUAAAUUAAAGUUCAAUUUUCAAAAAUUUGCCUUUAUUUGAAAAUCAACUUGAUUGAACCAUUUUGAAUAAAGAUUCGAGAAGAAAAACGACGCUUCUGCGUUCACAUUUAUUGAUAUUAUAUUUGUAACAAGCCGAAUCUGUUGGAAUUAGAUCGGCUAGGAUUCUCGGAUUGUUUUGAACUGCAAGAAAGAAUUUGCGCGAGGACUGGCAAGCCCGAAAUAGUUCCGUACUAGUUAGUUAUCGUACUAGUUGCAGUACUGACGUCACGAUCACACGUGCAUCAUGUACCUAAUUUACAUGUGCAUGAGAACUCCAAUGGACUGAUACAGAAGACUUUAGCUUUAAAUUAGCCGCUACCGUCGUUUCCGAUGGUUUCUUUCCUUUUCUUCCUCGCAUCGAUCAAAUCGUCCGUGCACGAAACGCACAGAAAAACCCGACAUACAUAGGUUCUAAUCGAGUGACAUAAAUAAAUGUUGUACGAAAUGAAUCACUAUAUGUCGUGAACGAUAAUAAGUUUUAUUUAUGAUAUUUACUGCGAAUUGAGAAAUCAUGCAAAAUACCAUUACACGAUUUCGUAAAGUUCCUGAAUUAAUACUGUUAUAUAUUGUAAUUUUUAUUAAAAAUUGUCGAAGGAACGCUCUAUUUGUAAUUUUACAUUAUAACAUACAUCAAAAUCAUUUAGUCAGCAAAAAAAUAUGUUUUCAAAAGUAAAAAUUAAAUUUUUUCUCUAUUACACGUUUCUAUAUCUUUCAGUUCUAAAUUGUCCAAAAAUUGCUAAUUGUUCUGUAAACGAAAAUUAAUAAAUUGAUGAAAUAUUCCAAUUUAAUAAUUCCAAUUUUUAUUGCAAAUUGUAUGAUGGUAAUAACAAUGUGCUUAAAUUAAAAAAAUGUCAAACUGCGCGAUCAAUGUUUCCUAAAACACUCUAUGGAAGACUCGUUGCUCACAAAAGCUCAUAUAUAUAUAUAUAUAUAUAUAUACACUGCGAAUUUCUUUGGAUUAACUCUCUGUUUUGUUGUUACUUUUUUCGCCAAUUAGCAGACUAAUUGUUAGAAAAAUAUUCCACAAUGUAUACGCAUGUUACUUCCUUCUUAGAAUGUAUGUAAUGGUUUUAAGAAGUUUCAUGAGAAAGAGAGAUAGUGAGUGAAUGAAUGAAUGAAUGAAAGAGAGAGAGAGAUUAAUUUUAAAUAGAAUUACAUUUGUAAAAUUCGAGGACGAAAGGGAUGUAAUUGUAUAGAUUGCGUAUAUGAAUAAGAUUAUUUCGCUAAUCGAAUCGCGUUUGAGCGUUUGAGAAUCUAGUUUUAAGUUGUAAAAAGAAAAUUAAUUUUACGAUCGCCAGAAUACUAUUCGUAUGCGUAUAGGCAUGCGAAUUAUUAAAAUGUGGCACAAUUAAAGGUUUUUCCUACGCAUUGUAAUUUUUUUUACGUUGUAAUACUUCUUUCGUGCGCCCGCGCAUCGGCGAUCUCGUCGCAAAAGUAAGUAUCUACUUUCAUUCGAGCAUUUCCUCAAGAUAAUGCAUUCGUAUGGAGUAUUUGACGAAAAUAAGAAAACGUCAUUUGACCUGUUAUGCAAAAAGAAUAUUUCGCGCGCCAGCUUCAUGCGGACAAAAAAAAAUAUUUUCUUCUCGUAUUUCAAAGGGAAGAGAAAGAUAAACGCAGUCGCAUGCCAUUUAUAAUCUUAAAACCGAGUAAUGACUCGCGUAAGCGAUUGCGAAUUGAUUUACGAACCUGUCCGAUCUCCGAUUAACUUUACGAGCUUGAACUGAAGUUUACGACGACUUCUCGUCUGCAUUGAGUGUUGACGAAGAUUUACAAUGAAAUCUCCUCCAAUGGAAACGAAUACGACCGCGGUUUUCAAAGAGAGAAAAAAUUGUAUGUAAAACGCAUUAGGCUUUCGUCCUUGUAAUUUCUCACAUGAAUUAUUAAGAUUUAUGCGCAAUUUAUGUGCGUACAGUGCGUAUUUCCUCACUUCCUCACGAUGCCCAUACGACUCAUGCCAUUCAGGAUUCGAUUGAAUUUCGUUAUUGAUUCGAUCGAACGAUGAUUCCCUGAUUAUAUCAAACGUUAAAUUAUUUUUUUUGCGUCACACCAUUUUCUUAAUAUGAGAAUGCUUUCAGCAAAUAAGCGAUAAAUGUUCCCUAUUGAGAUACCUUAUCAAUGAGAUAAAAUCAUAAUAUAUUACAAUUAAUUACUACAAAAUGAAAAGUUACAUAAGAGAAAGAAAAUUAAAUAGUAAUAUUUCUGUAAAAUAUAAUCGCUAUUAUCGCAAACGCUCUUCGAUAAAUAAAAAUACAUUAUUCUCCAAAUAUAUCCCGAUAUAUAAGUAAACACGCUGCAUUUACGUGUCAGGCCUUCGUAGUUUUCCAGUGUAUUAAUCACAUUGGGGCUGUCAAUGGGGAUCGUUCUUGUCGAUCGUUUUUUCGCAAAGGGAAAAAUAAACGUCGACUUGAUAAGAACGCAAUUAUCUCGAUUUUCAUGACGAGGAAAGCCAAGAUUGUGGCCUGCACUACAGAGAGACAGCUUUAUUCCUAAUAAAUAAAUAAAUAGACGAAAAGAAAAAGAUAAAAAAAAAAAGGAAGGAAGGAAAAUCCUGCCAUACCGCGUCUUCCACAGAGAGACUAUGAACAUUAUCCUAACGUAGUUUAACGUUCACGUACCUAUAAUCCGUAAGUUAAAUUAUUCAUUAUUCUGUUUAAGAUGCAUACUGAUAUACCGAUGAUCGGGGGAUCGAUGAUAUGUGCGGGAUAUGUCGAGUGAAGGCGCGCGCGCGCGCAGUGUGUGUGUGUGUGUGUGUGUGUGUGUGUGUGUGUGUGUGUGUGUGUGUGUGUGUGUGUGUGUGUGUCAUUUUGCGUGCGCCGAAAUCUCGUCCGCUCGUGACGAACGGAUGCGCGAACUUGUUAUUACACAUUCUGUAACGUAUAUAUCUUUAGCAAUUAAGACGAUUGAUACCGGCGGAUUAAUUAAUUCCUUCCCGAGUGGAGAAAUUACGAGGAUGAGAUGAAAUUUAUCGAUUUUAUUUGGCGGGUAUUCUGCCCUCCCGCGUCGUAUUAAUUUCCUCACUGAGAACACUCUUUCUCUCUCGUACAAGAGAGAGAGAGAGAGAGAGAUAAGAAUUGGAAUUUCUUCUUUAUCGCAUAGAAACACUUCGUGAAUGCAUAACGGAGUCUUGUAUUAGGAUAAAAAUUAUCGUCGAAGCUACAAUUGCUCUGUAAACUAAGCCUGUAUGGUUUUUCGCAGUCGGACAUUGUAAACACAAAUGUAUAUACUUACACUGCACUAAUUUAGUAUUGCCGCUAAGUAUUACAACUAGUCACAUAAGCCAAAAGUUUGUUACUCUCGCAAAAGUUUUCUUUUUUUCAGUUUUGUAAAAUAAAGGAAGACGAGAAAAACCCGAAGAAUAUCAUGUUUUCUCUUUAUCUUCUUGUCUCCCGUAUUUCUAAAAUCAAUCAUGGACCUGGAUCGCAACCGAACCUCAUCAUGACAAUCGACAUAAUUACAUGAUUUUUAAUUCGCGAUUACUUUAUACUUAUUAUUAAAAUAAUUUAUUAAAAUUAAUUGUUGAGUGAUUUUAAUUUUAUCGUUUCUUUUCAUCAUUUUCAUCGUUGAAGCUAUAUGCUAUAUCUGCUCAGUAAAAUUUUUUAAUCUCAACGUCAUAUAAUAAUAUAAAAAAUGUUCCAUGCGAUAUUUCUUUCAAGCAAAGAGAUUGUAAAAUGUUCUUUAUUCGUUCGCGCUGAUGAUUUCAUUCCAUUCCGUAAAAACUUAGGUAGAAUUUUAUACGAAACAUUUUCCUAUUGUUUCUCCCGCUGGCUCAGCUAUUUUGUGGCAUCAUUUGUGGCAAUACGGCAGUUUUUAUUCUACAGCAAUCAUCCGACAAUGAUCGCGGUAGCGGAAAUGAAUAACGCUCUCUCUCUGCGCAGUGAUUCUUUUACGUAAGCGCAGCACAAGCGGAGCAAACGCUACGUACUAUACAUCGUACGCUCUCGUUUCCGCUUUCAUUUUCGACGUGCGUGUUCUCAUCGGAGCCUAACAGUCGCUGAUAAAAGAGUCGGGAUCAUUUUCUAUAUACAGCCAACAAACGCGCGUGCGAAAAAAUUCCGUAACGAAGGUUAUCUAUGUUUCUCCAGCGUUACUCUUUGCCGAUCGAAGCCAAUCAGUAGCGGAGAGCCGUCAUCACUGUCGCCGCCGCCGUCGCCGCCGCCGCCGCCGCCGCCGUCGUUGAAGUUUGCGUGAUACCGAAUCGCAUAGUUUCACGCAUUGGCAUUGUAGCGUUUCGAAUCAGCGGCUUUUUUCAGCGCGUUCGUCGUCGAUUAUCGACGGGAACGACGACGCGUUACUCCGAUUCUCUCUCCGCCGAAGGACACGGGCCGUCGAGGAUUCCGACCGGCGGAGUCAGCUAAGCCAACUUCGCGAUAAAUUCAUGUUUAUAGCUGGUUGGCUUCGUGGAAAGAAUUGAAACGGUCGUGGAAGCAUCAAGAAGAGAAUGUGUCGGAGAGGUGGAUAAAUAUUGUUUACUAAGAUUCUCCGCGUUAACUCGUGCAUGAAGAUGAAGCUGCUUGCGAUUCUUUCCGCUUUUUUCUCAUGGUUAACGAUCGUUGACUCCAUGUCGACCGCGAGAUUUUGUGGUCCAGAAACGGGAGACGAUUUCCAACGCGCGCAUAUCGGCCUGAUCAUCUCACCCAUAAUGUCCAUUCGAAUGAUACGGGAGAUAGAGAUUUAUUGGAAUCACGUCAGGUAUCGACCGGGCGAUACAAUCGCUCUUUACAUGGACGAGCCCACGAAUGGCCUCGAGCCAAUUUAUACCCUGAUACCAAACGCGCCGAGUGGUAUCAAGAGGACCGGAUUGCAGGCCACAUUCAUUCCCACCUCGAGUCUCACGUUCGUUCAGCAAUGUCUACAAUAUCAUGUUGCCUGGCUGAGAAACGGCACGAUAAGACUAACAAAUUGUCUACAAACGCAGCCUCACUGGAUGACGGAGAGGAGGGUCAUCUUAGGGUCGUUGCCCAUGAGCAGAGUAUUCCUACCGGGUACGCACGAUUCUGCGUCAUACGCGAUACACGAACAGAAAAAUUCCGAAAAUAUCGUUGAAAGAUACGUGAUAACGCAGGAUGUGGACGUGCUCGCGCAACUGAUCUAUGGUGUCAGAUAUCUCGAUAUCAGAGUCGGACACUACCCCAACACCAACUCGGUAUGGUGGGCGAAUCACGGAGUAUUCAAGUCUGUUCCCAUGCAGACUGUCGUGAACCAGGUGAAGACUUUCCUGGACAACACGAACGAGAUCGUGAUAUUCGACGUCCAGGAAUUUCCAGUUGGUUUUGGGAAAAAUCUGGGGAUACAUCACAAUUUCGUCGGGUUCCUCGAGGAACAAUUUGCCGGAUACUAUCUUCCGAAGAGUUACGGGUGGACCAGUACGCUAAAUACAAUUUGGUCGUCUGGAAAAAGACUCAUCAUCGGUUAUGAUGAUAGACGAGUUGUCAGCCGCUACGAAAGCGUUUGGCCGUGCGUAACACAUCAAUGGGGAAAUGUCAGAACUAUAGAAGAUUUGUUCAAUUAUUUGAAUCGCAUUGAAACGGAAAAUCUGGGACAUUCUAGGACGAUACCAAGAUCGGCGAUGGCAGAAUUAACGCCCAACACGUGGGACGUAAUCUUAAACCGGCUUGGGAGUAUCCGUCAAAUGGCGGAGAAAGUUAAUAUCAAUGUUACGAAUUGGUACAAUAGCAAAUGGCAACGCACCGCCAAUAUCGUUGCCGUCGAUUUCGUCCGGUCGUCCGGCAUCAUUGAGACCGCGAUCGAAUGGAACGAAAGACGGAAUUCACAUUGUUAAAUAUUUCCUAUUCACGCGCGAGGAUUGAAGAAAUAUACAAAUUAAGAUUCAUUAACGCAUCGAGGUAUCCAUAGCACAUGUCCCAACCAGCAAAAGAAGAAUUUUUGUACCAAUAGUACUUAAUAAUUUAUUCUGCCUCUACGAUUUUAUCUAGUUACCAGUUGUACGGAUAUCAACAAAUUUUAUACAUAAAAUAAGUAAUUAGACAGUGUCUAAUAAAAAAAGUGCGAACAUCUUACAAGAUUUCUAUUCUUCAGUUUUUCAUCAGGUUCAUAGAAACGGAGAGCGAGAUAGUUUCUUGUCUCAUUAAAUAAUGUUGCUCCGCUACGUGAAUUCACCGUAACGUUUGAAUAAAAAAAUAAUUUACUUCAUUGUAAUCAGCUAAGCGUGGCACCAAGGAUGUGAUUACAUCAACCCUUUGUUACCUUCUCAAGGAAUCUAGAUAAACCGCAUAACAUAGUUCGCGCAUUAAUCGCAUAAUACAUAUACUUUUCGCGUGAUCAUCUCAGUUCCGCCGGAUGUGCGAAUAAUGCUCUAGUCAAGGUAACCGAGAAACGAAAUUGUCUGUCGUACAUACAGGUGCGCGAUGCAAUCAGUUCAUCAUUCGGUACAGACGAUGCUGGUCGCGAAUACUAAACGCGACUACGAGACCUGCUUUCAUCAAUCCGUCGCGUCUUUGUAUGAAAAACCUAACGAACUCGGAAAAA